AAAAAGUGUUGGCAUUAUUGAAGAAGAAGAGUUGCAUCCAUCUUUAGUAUUGCAUGUGCAAUAUUCGAUAAAAAUAUUAAAGGAGCCAGUUCUCAUCAAACAGUACCGUUCAUCACCUCCGAUCCCUGGUUCUCCAAGGAGAAACGCUGGAGUUUUUCCAAAAGCCUCCUUGAAAAUCCUAUUUGUCCAUGGGUCCUACUUAUGUGCUUGGCAUUUUAAUUGAAAAACUUUGAUUUUUCAAUGAAUCUUUAAAUAAAUAAAUCUAAAGACAAUCUGUGAUUUCUACUACAAUCUACUUGACCAAGCACAGCUAUUGAUACAGGAUGGAACGACUAAGUUGUAAUUUACUUAAUUUAUGAUCUGAGUCUAUGAAACUCUGGAGCUAUUCCAUGGCUGCGGUCCCAAAACGUUCACAAUGUCUGCUCGUUCGCAGAUUAUUUAGUUAGCUUACUCGACAACGUUGAAACUUACUUGAGGACGUUGAAUCAUUGUCAAACAGCUUCAUUUCUGGACAAGGAAUUAGGAAUGAUGAGUUCUGAAAAAGCAACGUCCUAUGGAAGUAAUCCGUUAGAGCAGUUUUUACUUCUUGCUAAAUCUGCUAAAGGCAGUGCUGCAGCAGAAUUGGUGAAAGAAGUCCUUGGUGCUCCUGGAAUCAACACUUUUGGAGAACUAAUGGACAUGCCGAACAUACAAGAACUGAAAGAUGGACCGAAUGCCAAGUACUACAAUGCUUUGUAUAUUUUCACCCAUGGUACUUACAAGCAGUAUUUGCAGAAUCAAAGUGAGCUUCCAGAACUAUCACCUCCCCAAAAGAAAAAACUACAGAAUCUAACUCUAGUUACCCUAGCGUCUAAAAUGAAAUGCAUCCCAUAUUCACUGCUUCAAGAAGAACUCGACAUCCAGAAUGUUAAAGAUCUAGAGGACUCAAUUAUCGAGGCCAUUUAUGCUGACAUAAUAGUCGGAAAAAUGGAUCGUAAAAAUUCUGUUCUAGAAGUAGAUUCCACCAUAGGUCGCGAUGUUAGGCCAGAGGAAUUAGAUUCAAUUGUAAAUACAUUGAAAAAUUGGUGUGAAUCUUGCGAAACUAUGUUAUCCAGUAUUGAUACUCAAAUCCGAAACGCAAACAAAGAGAAAAACCGGCAACUCACCCAUAAAAGUAUGAUUGAGAAAGAAAUUCAAAAUAUUAAAAUAACAUUAAAGUCUCAGAGUAAAGACACUGAUGAAGCUAUGACUUCUGAUUUUCGAGAAGCCUCUGCCCAAGUUGGAGAUAAAGGAAGAAAAAAUCUCAAAUUAAGAGUCAACCGAGGGGCUGGAAAGUUCUGGACUAGUAAAUCAUGAAUGUAACAAAUUUUUUUGAACAAUUUAUUUAUUCUUGAAACCUUUUGUCAAAUUGACAUGUGACCUGGAAUUAAGAACUAUGAAAAAACUACCAUCAAUUGAAUGGAGAAUUUUUUCCUUCAGUCGAGUCUCUUGAAUUUCCUUGAAUGUCCAGUAUUUUUGCUCGCUAUAACUGGCUCCCUUGUAGUAUUAAGUUGUCCUCCCUUAAAUUCAACCAACCAAAUUAUGAACAUAAAUACUUUAUUCUUGAUUUUUUCAAUCAUUUGUAAGCUGGUAAUCUAGAAAUAAAGUUUUAUACUUGUUCCUUUUUCA